GGGCGCGCGGGCCGCGGGGGGCCGCACGGGGCGGCGCGCGCGUCCGUCGCGGCGGUCCACGGGGACGGGGGCCGGUUGAAGGAUGCUCAGGACGUCCCGCCGCCGCGGCGCCGCGCCAUGGUGCCGCGGGGCGCCCUAGCCAGCGUCCGCCGCGCGGCGGCGGCUGCGCCAACCUGGGGGCGGCGGGCGGCCGCCGCGGCCCCGCGCGGCGGGCGUGGUGUGCGCCCAGGCCACGACAGAGGCCGUGCUGGCCGCCGGCGCCAGGCGCAGGCCGACCUGGCCGACGUGCUACUGGCGAGCUGGAAGCUGGGGAAGAGGCGCCUGGAGGAGGCGGUGGACCACUCCGCGCUGGUCGCGGCCCUGAAGGACACCUCCUUCGGCCGGCACAUCCCGACGAAGACGUGGGUGAAGGCGGGCGUCGCCAUCGGCAUCAGCACGGUGACGGGCUCGCUGGUCGUUCUGGCCCUGCUGCGUCACCAGCUGGCGCGCCAGACGGGGAACAUCACUGCCGAGGCCACCACAACGGCGCUGCGCGACGAGGCGCUCGUAGCGCAGCUGCAGGACAUGAUCGGCCAGUCGCUCAAGGAGCCGGCGACGCGCGAGGGCAUCCGGCAGAUCUGCGUGGAGGUCCUGAUUGACCCGCAGGUCUGAAACGGGGGGGCAGUCUUGGCUUCAGGGCCUCGUCUCGGGUUGGUUCGGCGCGCGCUCGGGUCUCUUUCAGUCGCUCUGUGUCACCACGGCGAUUCGGUCCGCUCCCCCCCAUCCUGUCUUCGCAGCCCUCCGUCCUGCCGUUCUUCUGGCCUGCUCGCCCGACAGGUUAGGGUUGUUGGAUUGAAGCAAAGCUUCCGCCCCGCCCGCUCGCCCUGUACCGCGGCCGCUAGGGCCCAA